AUGUCAGAAAAUACGCGUUCAAAUGAUAUAGCUAGUACAGCUGAUACUAGUCCUAAUGUUGAUGAAUCUUUAAAACAAUUAUGGAUGAUAAAAAUUAAUAAUUUCUGUACUAUUGGAAAUAACAAUUCUCAGACUGCUGAUACUGCAAAUUCAGGCUCUAUAAUAGGAGAAUCAAACUGCCAUAAAACAUUACCUAUAGCUAAUGAAAGUGCUGAAUUGAAUGCAUUAUCAUCAGUAGCUAAUGAAACAGUACUAGAAAAAAUAUCAGUAGAAGUACUGUCAACAAAGGCAUCAGCAAGAUCAUCUACAUUGAAAUUAGCAGAAAAAGUACCCAGUGCAGAAGUGUUUGUAGUAAUAGAAAUACAAACUUCAAAAAUAAAAAUGCCAAAGGAUGUUGAUAAAAGUGAUCAUGAUGAUAAAACUAUUAUAAAAGAAAAGUUGAAUUCUGCCCAAAUGUUUUUGUUUAAGAAAGAAAAGAAGCUAUAUGAUAUUAUGUUAACAUUAAAUAAUAAGCAUCUCAUUAUCUCAGAACCAUCAAAAACUUCUGUGAUAUUUAAUGCCUUAGCUGAAUUGUCAAUGGCUGAAAAAUUACAGUUGUCAACAAGAAGUCCAUUAUGGACAGAAUUAAUCAAUGGAAAAAACAGGAAUCUUGCUAAAAGAUUAGAAAUUAAAAAUAUAGAGAUAUAUAAAAAUGAAUCUGAUAUUUUAUUAUAA